GCAUACAGGUAUCGUUCAUAGACCCAUCAGGUAGAUGCCCUGUUCAUCAUCAGGAGAGUAUCCUGCUCAUCAUCAGGCAGGGAGAAGAAACACGCACUACUUUUUGAAAAUGAAGCAAAUGUGAGAAGACAAAAUGGCCAACCACAACGAUAAAUCAUCUAAUGAGAAGAAGACAUCUGAUGAGGAGAAGAUAUACCUAGCUUCAAAAUUCAUCACCCAAGCCCCUCCAGGGGAGUUUAAAGAACUCUUCCAUGAUAUUCGGCUGCUGGUUAAUAAUGACAAUCUCCUCAGAAAAGGGAUAGGACAGGCAAUUGCGCAAUAUAAUAUGCACCAGUUCACACCAGUGAAGAUAGAAGGGUAUGAAGAUCAUGUUUUAGUCACAGAGCAUGGUCAUCUAGGUAACAACAGAUUUUUAGAUCCAAGAAACAAAAUUUCUUUCAGGUUCGAUCACGUAAGAAAAAUAGCAAGUGACCCCAAGCUAACACUUACAGGUGGAAAUUUAACAUAUUUGAGAGAUUGCUGUGAUAGGGCUUUAAGGGCCUAUAUGAACCAGAAUUAUUCUAGUGGCUUUAGUACUGUUUAUAGUAAAACUAUUCAUGGCAAAAAGACCAUUAUUGCAUGUAUUGAAAGCCACCUGUUUCAGCCCAAAAAAUUCUGGAAUGGAAGCUGGAGAUCACAGUGGAAGUUAACCAUCAUGCCACCUACAGCUCAGGUAAUUGGAAUGAUCAAGUCUCAAGUUCAUUAUUAUGAGAAUGGAAAUAUUCAAUUAGUCAUCCAUAAAGAUAUGCAAGAGUCAUUAACUGUCCUCAGUGAAGAACAAACUGCGAAGGUGUUUAUUAAGAUCAUAGAGAAGGUAGAAAAUGACUGUCAGGCAGCAGUUAAUGAAAACUACCACACAAUGUCACAGACAACAUUCAAAGCCUUUCGCAGACAGCUUCCAAUUACAUACCACAAAAUCGACUGGAACAAGAUACUUACGUACAAGAUCUGCAAAGAACUCAAGUUUAAACAUGCUUAAACGGCCCACUGUAGCAGUCUCUAGUAUGUGUAUGCAUACAAGAUUCAACAGGGCUUGCUCAUAAAAUCAAUAUGAGAGAUACUUAUUAAGAAAGUUAACAGAUGGA